AUGUAUGAAAAAAAACGUUAUUCCUCAGAUAUUACAUAUGCUUUGGGGCUGUAUAAAAUAUUAGGCCGCGCAUUAGGUAUUUGGCCUCUCCAAUGUCAAGACAUUUUAUCAAUAUUUAAUAUUACAUUUGUGGUGACAACUCAGUUAUGGAUGUCAAUCAGUCUUACAAAACAAUUAAUAAUGAAAGGAAACUGUGGUGCAGUAACAGAAUUAGUAGAUGUCAUAAGUCUUAUUGCUUGUGGAUUUGUCACAAUUGUAAAAGUAAUUGUACCGAGAGUUUACCAUACGGAAAUGAAUGUUAUUGUGAGUUCGGCGAUUAAUGACUGGAUUACGUUAAAUAAUAAGAGAUAUCGAGUUAUAAUGCUAAAAUAUGCGUACAUCGGUAGAGUUGUGUUUAUAGUACAAAUGAUUGGAGCAUAUGCAGCAGGAUUUCCUCUUAUUAUUUCUAAAUUGCCAUUUAUAAUGGUACUGUGGAGCAAUGACCGAAAUGAUAGUGCACCAAUGUAUACGGUUCCAAUUGGCCCGAGUUGUUGGGUGUCUUCUGAUAUUUCCAUGUUUCACUAUAUUCUUUACUACAUCUUCCAAUCUAUUCAACUACUUGUUGUUUGCACUGCGUAUAUUGGAGCCGACACUUAUUUUUUUGGCAUCGCAAUGCAUGUUUGCGGUCAAUUCGCACUUCUUUCUCAUAGCCUUGAUAAUGUUUACAGCAAUGGGGAUAUAGUAAUCCAAAAACAUGAACUUUCUCUAUUUAUAAAACGUCAUAAACAUCUACUACUUCUGGCGAAUAACUUUGAAGAAACGUACAAUUUAAUUAUUUUGAGCCAAGUUGCAAUCGAUACUUUGCUGAUAUGUAUAUCAGGUAUCGUUCUACUUAUGACUAUGCAUACUAGAGAUUUGGUUGUAAUUGUUGGGCUUAUAAUUCGAAUAUACCUCGUGUAUGUUCAACUUUUUAUAUAUUGCUAUGUUGGUGAACAAUUACGUACACAAGCCGAUAGAAUGGGUUCAACUAUUUACAAUUGUUCGUGGUACAAUAUGCCUUCGAAAAUAAGUAAAAACAUAGUAUUUAUGAUUAUGCGAACGAAUUAUUCUUUUAAUCUUACAGCGGGUAAAAUGUAUUCUAUGAAUAUUGAAAAUUACAAGAAUAUUGUUAAAACUAUGGCUUCUUUUUUUUCUGUUCUUCGAUUA